UCUCCUCUCUCUCUCUCUAAAAACGUAGAGUCGGUGUAUUUUCCCAACCCUUUAUCAUCAAGAAAGUCCCUAAAUCGAAAUCGAAUUGGGAUUUUCUUUUUCCCUGGAUUCCCUUCUUCUUAGAACUUCCAUAUCUCCUUCGCUCAAGGUACUACAGCACCUGGAAAAUGCAGGGGAACAGAGGAGGCAGGGAUCCUUUUUUUAAUUUUGGUGACCCCUUUGCUGGCUUUGGGGGGUUUGGCGGUGUUGCAGAUCAUAGGAAUAUGUUGUCUGGCUUCUUUGGAGGAAGGAACCCUUUUGAUGAUCCUUUCUUCACACGCCCAAUUGGUGGCAUGUUUGAGUCUAGCAUUUUUGGCCCCACUGGGAAUCCUUUUACAGGUGCACAUGCAUCUGGAUUUGUUGAACAUCAAGUACCACAUCAAGUCCCCCAGCCCAAUAGAUCUAGGGGGCCAAUUAUUGAAGAAUUGAACUCUGAUGAGGAAAAAGAACAAGAUGAGGAGAAGAAGAAAGGUAAUCCCAGAAAGCAUGGCAGAUUGAGCAAAGAACCUUAUGUCGAGGACCCAGAUGAUGAAGCUGAAGGGAGAAAGAGUAAGCAAAUGCAGCACAUGAAUUUCAGCAGGGUGAACAAUACACAGUCACAGCCCCAAACUCGUAGCUUCUCAUUUCAGAGCUCCAGUGUUACGUAUGGUGGUGCAAAUGGAGCAUAUUACACCUCAUCUAGAACUAGGAGGACAGGGAGUGACGGAUUGACAUUUGAAGAAAGUAAAGAAGCUGAUACAGCUAGUCGUCAAGCAACUCAUCAGGUCUUUAGGGGUCUCCAUGAUAAGGGCCAUACAGUUGCUAGGAAAUUGAGUUCUGAUGGUAGGGUGGGCACAAUGCAGACCUUGCACAACCUUAAUGAAGAGGAGCUAUCUGGUUUUGAAGAAGCUUGGAAGGGAAAUGCUAGAAAGCAUCUACCAGGCUGGAGUGAGGGAUUCAAUGUACAUGAUGGGUUGGUGACAAAUGGACAAGACGGGCCAGCAGGCAGGGGUGGUUGGGCUCUCCCUUCGACUGAGCAGCCUCAGCAUUCGGGGAGCGUGAGACCAGAUAUUGGUGGGAGAGCAGGGCUUUCACGUUCACAGCAUUCAGGGAGGACAAAAGCUGAUGUUGGAGAUAGAGCAGGUUCCUCGUCUGGUGGGAAACCGAGAUCAUCAAAGGCUGUUAACAUGGAUCGUGCUAGGAAGCGUUGAGUAGUUCACCUCCCCCUCAUGUUUUUGGCGCACAAUCUCUAGUUUUCAAGGACUCAUGUUUCUAUUAUGUCCUGUUAUUAUGUUGUUUAGGACACUGUUAUGUGUCUCAUACAGUAGUAGGCUUGCUUUGUUUUGAGAAGGCCAUGGUUGCAUGUCAUUAGCAAUAUCAGUUCUCAAAUGGGUGUGUUUUGAUAUCUUAAAUGUCGGCGUGGGUUAAUGUCUGACUGAAACAUUUUAAAGUUGCUUAUAUUUCAGCCAUGUGGCUAUAUUUGAUUGGAAGAUUCUUGAAAGAAUUAUAA